UCUUUUUUUAAUUAGCUUUUGUAAACCAAAACGACACUGUUUUAGACUCUCAUAUAAAAAUAUAGAAAACCCUAACCAUUCAAUCUUUCUCGAGCUUUCUUCACCAAAUCGUAUAGCUUCGAAGCCUUAGCUCUCUCUUCGCAGUGAUUCAGAUUCCGGUUCUUCGUUUCAACCAGUCCAAUUUCAAACCGGUUAUUUUUUGAGAAUAUUGUGAGGAGAUGACGACUGCAGCUCGUCCCACAUGGGCACCAGCAAAAGGUGGUAACGAGCAAGGUGGUACUCGAAUUUUUGGUCCUUCACAAAAGUACUCAUCAAGGGACCUUGCUGCUCAUACAACUUUGAAGCCCAGAAAGGACGGGCAGGACACCCAAGAUGAAUUGCAGAAGAGGAAUCUCCGUGAAGAGCUUGAAGAGCGCGAGCGGAGGCAUUUCUUGUCAAAGGAUAAGUCCUAUAAUGAUGAAAGAGGUCGCAGGAAGGAAAGCCAUCUCCUAUUGGAAGGGACAAGGAGUGAAGCUGAAGAUCGUAUUGUUCCACGUAGUGUAGAUGCUGAUGACUCUGACGUAGAAGUAAAAAGUGAUGAUGAGAGUGAUGAUGAUGAGGAUGAUGAGGAUGAUGAAGCAGCUCUUAUACUUGAGCUUGAACAAAUAAGGAAAGAAAGAGCAGAGGAGAAGCUACGGAAGGAACGACUAGAGCGGGAAGAAGAGCUUAAAGCCAAAGAAGCAGAGCUACUUCGAGGAAACCCACUGCUUAAUAGUACAACAUCAACAUCUUUUAAUGUGAAACGAAGGUGGGAUGACGACGUGGUGUUUAAGAACCAGGCCCGUGGUGAAACCAAGACUCCUAAGCGCUUCAUUAAUGACACCAUCAGGAAUGACUUCCACAGGAAGUUCCUGCAAAAAUACAUGAAGUAGCUUAUUGUUCAGAUAUUUAGAUAGAAGCCUCAGUAAUAUUGGAGUCAAAAGAAAUCUGUACUUAUACAAUGAUUGUAUGUAUCAAAAUGUAGCAAAUUGCUCUGCUGGAUAUGCAUUUGGCUCCGUUGCAUAAUGAGACUUCAAAAUUUGGCAUUUAA